AUGGCGGUGGCCCUGGAUGCAAUCCUCGCUCGGAUCAAAGAUGUUUGUAAAAGGAACGGUUUGCUCAUCCUCUCGGUGCUGUCCGUCACCAUCGGCUGCCUCCUGGGAUUCUUCCUGAGGACGAGGCGACUCUCCCAGCAGGAAAUUAGUUACUUCCAGUUUCCUGGUGAGUUACUGAUGAGGAUGCUGAAAAUGCUGAUUCUCCCUCUGGUUGUCUCAAGCUUGAUGUCUGGGCUCGCAGCCCUGGAUGCCAAGACCUCCAGUCGCUUGGGAAUCAUAACCGUCACUUACUACCUGUGGACAACAUUUGUGGCUGUGGUUGUGGGAAUCAUCAUGGUCUCCAUCAUCCACCCUGGUGGAGCAGCACAGAAGGAAAGCACUGAGGAGGGUGGAAAGCCCAUCAUGAGCUCUGCAGACGCACUGCUGGACUUAAUCCGGAACAUGUUUCCAGCCAAUCUUGUUGAGGCCACAUUCAAGCAGUAUCGCACCAGGAGUAUUCCCAUCAUUAAAUCGAACAAAGCAUCAUCGGAAAGCACCACUCGUCGCAUCAUCAUCUAUGGAGUCCAGGAUGAGAACGGAUCCAAUGUCCAGAACUUUGCCUUGGAUAUCACCCCCCCUCCUGAAGUGAUUUACAAAUCAGAGCCAGGCGCUAGUGAUGGCAUGAAUGUACUUGGGAUUGUGAUAUUCUCUGCCACGAUGGGUAUAAUGUUGGGAAGAAUGGGGAACAGCGGCGUCCCUUUGGUCAGCUUUUGCCAGUGUUUGAAUGAAUCUGUCAUGAAGAUAGUGGCAGUUGCUGUUUGGUAUUUUCCAUUUGGAAUUGUGUUCCUAAUAGCUGGCAAAAUCUUGGAAAUGGAUGACCCAUCGGCUAUUGGGAAGAAGCUGGGUUUCUAUGCCAUUACGGUGGUGUGUGGCCUGGUGGUGCACGGGCUGUUUAUUCUGCCAAUGAUGUACUUCUUCAUCACCAAGAAGAAUCCCAUUGUCUUCAUCAGAGGGAUCCUUCAAGCCUUGCUCAUUGCUCUGGCCACAUCCUCCAGCUCAGCCACCCUGCCUAUCACUUUCAAGUGCUUGCUGGAGAACAACCACGUGGACAGGAGGAUCGCGCGGUUCGUGCUGCCCGUGGGAGCCACCAUCAACAUGGACGGGACGGCGCUGUACGAGGCCGUGGCCGCCAUCUUCAUCGCCCAAGUCAACAACUACGAGCUGGACUUUGGGCAGAUCAUCACCAUCAGUAUCACAGCAACAGCUGCAAGCAUAGGUGCUGCAGGCAUCCCACAAGCUGGCCUGGUGACAAUGGUCAUUGUUCUCACCUCGGUGGGGCUCCCAACAGACGACAUCACGUUGAUUAUUGCCGUCGACUGGGCACUAGACAGGUUUAGAACAAUGAUCAAUGUCCUGGGGGACGCUCUGGCUGCUGGGAUCAUGGCCCACAUCUGCCGGAAGGAGUUCAUCAAGGAUGGUGACGAGGUGCCAUUGAUCUGUGAAACUAAGCCUGUUAACAUCCAUCAGAUUGUGGCUUACCAGAGAAAUGGCUGUGUGAAGACCAUGAAUGAAGCUCGUGGACCAGAAACAGUGAAAGGGCUGCAGCACCAUAUACCCAUACAAGUGGAGCAAGAAGAAACUCCAGUGGAGAACCACACUAAGAAAUCCAACAGUAAAGACCACUGCACUAUUGAAAUAAACGAACUAGAAACAAAUGUGUGACUGCUACACUCAGAGGUAUCUCACACCCUAGUGACCUGAUACCCAAUCUCUACCUCACAGCUGGAAGAAGGACUCUUUGCCUUGAACAGGAAAACGUGGACUUAUGGCCACCCGCUUGUACUGGAACUAGGAGACCAGCUGUGAAUGUCAAGAAAAGCACACAGCUUGCAAGAGACAUGGGCUUCUUUAGGUGGAAGAUUUUACUACUGAAAAAUUAACUAAUGGACUACUGCUGUUUUAUUCUGCACUCACUGACUUCAAUAUAGUAUUUGACACUCCUUUCGCUUCUUUUUUUUAAAAGCUUUUUUUUAUUUGACCCUUUUUGAUUUUCUAACCAAAGCCUUUUUUGUGAAUUUCAGUUAAUUAUGAACACUGUAGAAUUUUUGCUAUGUGAAAAUGUUUCACCAAAAUUGCUAAAGAUACCAAUUUUGUCUAAUAUUCACUAAAUACAGAGUUUGUGAUUAGUUUUAUAACAGCAGUAAGAAAAUCACACUGAUUUCCUGAUCUCAAGGGGCUGCAUCUCUUCCUAAAUAACAAUGCAAGCAGAGGUGAAGUGUGCAUUUGUGCAAGAAAGGGCAUUACAGUAAUUGUGAUGGGCAGCCUUCAGAGACAGGCAGUCUAGUGUGAUACCUAACACAAAGAUUUCCUCGGUCACUGCAGAGCACAAUUUGCCUUCCAAGUGCCAGAUUUAUUAACCUUUUUUUAACCUAACUCUUCAGUAAAGUCAGUUCCAAGCACAUGCAGUGGCAGAGGCACUGUGAGCUCUAAUCCAUAAGCACUGGUGCUAAUGUGUCCUCUCCUGUAACCUAUAGGUUGUUUUACUGUAAAUAUGUAUAAACUCAAAACUGAAGCUCAUGAACUACGUGCUGCAUCUGAAGGGCAGACUGAACACAAACUGGGACCCAAGGAUGCUGAGUUAAAAUGGGGUUUGUGAGGAACUUGCUGUGGAAACUGCCCCAUUAUUUCUCAUCAUUCAGUUGUCAGUUACUCCCUGUCCACCGUCUACUGAAUCUUUGACUUACAGUAAAAUCUGCUGCAUAUGUUUCCAACGGUUGCGAUAGAGAACAUUUUUAAUAAACCUGCCAUUUAAAAAAAGAGGCUGUCUGUGCACUUCAAUUAUUAGUGUCUUCUUAUGUCUCUGCUAAAAGAGAGAGUGAAAGCAAGGAGACCUUCUGAAAAGUUGGGAUUUGAUCCAGAGAUUACAUACCAGCUCAUACCAAUACACUUGACAUAUUAUAUUUAGCUACUUGUGGCAUAGCAGCUUGAGAUACCAUGUGCCUGGUAUUCAAAUAUGCCCUUCUUAUCUGUAGGGAGAAAAUAACCCAGACAAAAAGGACAAUUUCUGCAUUAACCAGAAAUGUUUCAUGCAUUACUUCAUUGCUGAUUCAGUGUAUCAUUCAUUCAUGAUUAGUGGUUUUCCUGGGAUAUACACGUUCACCUCUUCUUUAAGGGCUCCUGUUCAGACUAUUUCAUAUGUCAUGCACACUAAAUAGUUGCCUCAGAGCACUAUACUAUAAGCAGCUUAAUUAUCAAGCAGUAAAGCUAGAAAGAACACACAUAGGUUGUCUUUAUCUGUAUACUGUUCCUCAGAAAUUAUGUAUUAAUUUGAAAAUAUGUACAGUUGGUAACUGUUUUCCUGAUUUGAUCCUAGAGUGAAAACAACAAACUCAGAACACAAAGAACAGGGGAAAACUGAAAUGAUUCAGAGCAAUUUGCUCCAGAACAAGUCCUGUAAAGGACCUGCUCUGCAGUGUCAUAAGAACUGUGACUGGGGAGAGCUGAGGCUGGUCUGUGCCUCUCUGAAUGGGCAGAAGCACUGACUGACAAACACAUCUGACACUUUUAUCUCAGCAGCUCCAGGAGGUCCCCCUCAUCCCUCUCCAGCUGUCCAUUCUUGCCUGCACUGCCUCCCCUCCUCUCCCAGCUGUAGACCCAGUUAUUUAUGAGGCCAGACAAAGAACCAGAUGAGAAAUAAUUUAAUUCAAACCAGUUCACAUAUGUUUUUAGCACAGUCCUAACAGACAGUUGUGUCAACACAAGUGAAGGGGUUAUGCUGGGACAAGAUCAAGCAGCCAGGGAUGAGCUAAGGUAAGGGCACAGGGUCUCUGUGUGCCAACUGUGCCCACAAAGAAAACACAACUGAAAGUUUCAACUUCACCCAGUCAAUCACAGCUACAUGAAGUGAUAGUAUAAUCCUGCCAGUCCUCUAUCAGUUUACAAUCACCUUGCAUAGAUAAAAAUGAAGAAAGAGGCCAAGUGGAUUCAAGAUUUGGAACAAGUAGUUCCAGACUAAGUGGUUUGGAGUCUGCCCACACACUGUGCCCCUGUGCCAAGCAGAAAGUGCUCCUAGCCUUACCACCACCUUCUUCCCCAGCCACCUACAACCUUUGCCUAACUACAAGAGAAAAUCCUUUUGCCCCUUGCCUGAGACAGCUUAUUUGGUGGGACACACUUCAGUGCAGCCAUGGCUCAAGAAGUCUGUCAACUUUGAUGUUCAAGCAGCUUCUACAAGGAGAACUUCAAAUGAGAUAAAGCAUCAAAAGCCAGCAGUCAGUUGUGCUGCUCAAGUCCUACACAACAAAGAAAACUACAAUUUUGCCCAUUAUGCUCUCAGAUGUAGGUAAUAUGGGAGUCUCAUAUGUGAAGGCAUAUUUUUAUGGAAUCAACAGUUUGGUUUAAAACCAGCUUUCUGCAUUCAAACCCUAUUCAAAGAAUGUCUAGUUCUGCUCUGCAAAUUGGAAAUGCUUUAUGGUUUUUUUACAUUAUAGUGUUUGGAUCUUUAAAACUCAGGGUUUACAGCAAUCUGGGUCUCCCAUUCAGCUGGGAGGAAGGCAAUGAUCCUGUUUCUCACCUGGCCUUUUUAAUUUGUGGUAUGAAAUGCUGUAACUAGAGACCCAAGGCACUUUGGAUCUUGGUUCUGGUAAAUAAGUGUUGCUUGGUGUAUUGUGUCCUUGACUGGAGCACCUGACGGCUACUGCAGUCAUUCUGCACUGAACACAAGACACCCCUGUUAGCUGGGAGAGGUGAACCCUGGUGUUAUGACAAUUUCUGUUAAUUUCUAUGGUAAGUAUUCCUCCAUUUAGCUAUUUUCUGUGUCUCAUGGUGUGUGUUGUCAAGCAGUUGAUGCACAGUGCAAUUAGACUAGCAGUAGGUUCCAUAACAUAUUUGUAUGCAUGGAUCUGUUCACAUUUUCCAGUUAUAAUCACACUUCCUUCCAACAGAAAUAACAAAGCUGUUGAUUAUCAAGUUAGAGUGCAAGUUUUGUGUUGGUAAAUAUGUUUCUUCUACUUUCAGAGCAUAAAAACAAACAUGCGACCUUUACAGUCUCAAAAAAUUUAUAUUAAAAAAUCAAUCAAUCAACCAGUCAAUCACUUAUUACAACAGUUUGCUGUUAUAAUUUCAAGCAUAUGUGGAAAGAACAUAUUUCUUAACUGGCAACAUUCAAUCCUAUUUUGAAGUUGCCACCCCCUGCUAAACAGAAAGGGAAUCUAGCCAAUUAAAGUAUUCUAAAGGCACACCGGGGAAGAGCCUUGAGGAGGGAAAGAUGAUAAUUAAGAAGGGUGGUGCAUUGGACACAGGUAUAGAAUAAAGAAUUUGGGAAGUAACCCAAAUUAGCACACACAUAUUAGAGGCAGUGGUUUUGUGGUAAUUUGCAACUCCUUUGCUCUGAUGAUACUACUGAGAGGAAAGGAGCCACUGCAGAUUGUUGUGGCAUAAAGCAUCAUUAAAGACAUACUAAAACAGGUUCUUGAGGAUUUUGCCAAUGCCAAGGAAGUUCUGCAGUACUGAAUUGCUGUAAUAAAUCCUUGUGCAACAAUUAGAACUCAAAGAGACACCACCAGAGCACUUACACAUCCCACUAACUCCCAAGAGCUUUUGGCUGCCAACCCAAAUACAAAAGUUUAUGGAACUAAUACAGUUUCUCAUAUGGUCUGCUAAUCUUAAUUGAUUUCACUUAAAUUAUUUAGUUGCAGCUAAGUUUAUUCGUGCCACCUGAAUACAAAUCCUAACAUACAAAUAAGAUGAUCUAAAUAGUCAAAAUAUUAAAUUUGAGUUGCCCACCCUGCUAUACCAGCAAUUCUACAGCACUUAGAAAAGACAGGAACUCUGUAACACCCCCAUUUGAUGAGGUCUCACUUUCAAUUCUACAACAAACAUCAAUUUUAGUCCCUCUUUAACAACAGAAAACUGAUUUAUAAUACUUUCAAAGCAGACAGAAAGCUUCAUCUUCAAGCCAGAUGGAUGGUCUUGGAAAUUACCUCAGUCCUUUCUGUGCUUUCCAUAAAAAUGAGGUAACUAUUAGCAGAAGGUGGUUUGAUGUGUGUGAGCAAAAUGUGUAACCUGGGAAAUGAAGUGAAUGUGGAAAGCUCAGGCUGCCUCAAACCUUGCCCAGCACUAAGCACCCCCGUGUCUGUGCCUCUGCUGAGCACCCAGGCGUGCUUUUCCAGCACGAGCAGCUCUGUCACUACAGACACACAGACAAUGAGCAACCACUGGCUUUACCCUGCAGGCUGGCAGAGAUCGCAGCCCCCCAGAUGAGGACUAAGUACAGAGAGGAGAGAAAGUAAUGAAGGUGUUCCUACAGGGAUGCUACUGUUGCCUACCGUGCAGUGGGGGAGCACAGCUUCUUGCAGUAAUACACAACUGGCUUUGCUGCAUUUGGAAAAGAGGCCCCAGAAUAGACACAUUUUACCCACCCAUUCCUAAGAGCUGAGCUGAAAAUGAAACACACGUAUUAAAAUUCUCCGUUUAGCCUGUGAUUUCGCCUACAGUUGAGAUGAGAGACACUCAAAAUUACAUUCUUCACUAACUACUCUAGAGCAUACUGAUUGAUAUUCCUGGAAUUUAUAAGAGGGUUUGUCCCACAAAACCCCAAAUGGAUUAGAUCAAUAGAACAGGAAGCCUGAUCACUAAAGGUCAGGUUCGUUAUUCACUCAGACUUCCCAAGUGACCACAAGAAUGCAGGGUUUGCUUUCCAUCUGUAAACAGAGAAAAGGUCCUUUGUAAAUCAACAGGGUGAUGCAUGGGAAGGAUAAAUGAGCUGAAGGCUGAGGCAGUUAUGUAACACAGUAAAGGAGACUCAUGAUUACCUUGCAUUAGCCACUUCUGUCUCUCUGGAAGCAAUACUCACAAUAGUCACAGGAAUUGCCAGGCUUCCAUUUUAAGGGACAGAACCUCAGAUGCCACCACUUAUAAAGCAGCAACAGUUGCAUCUCUGUUGCCUAGAGGACGAUUUAUGGGAAUAGAUUUGGCACAGCUGAGACUUUUGGCAGAUUUGUGUCACAGGGUAUUUUAGAAAUUUUACAGGCUGUCAAAGUAAAAUGGUAGCAGUCUGUUAUUGACAGAGUGGUAUUUUGGGAAACAAGAACAGGUGGCUUCAGAAAGACAAGAUGAGGAAUGUGGUGGGUGAAGGGGGAAAUGUUCAAUCACUUCUCCUGCAAUAGUAUCAAACCUCCUUUCCCUGCUGGCUCCAUGAUGGGAUGGUACCAACAGCUGGAGAUGUAGGGAGGGAGCAAGGCAUCCCUCUCCUCACAAAGCUCCUGUCCCCACAUGGCCACAGGCUUCUGUGACUCCCUUCUCAGCUGUCCUUCCUUCCAAACCAGCACAGAACACUCAGUCCAGCACAACAACCAGCAAAUGUUGUUCCUGAAGAGUUUGCAACUUAAUCAUUAUAAAAUUCUAGAUUUCCCAUUCCACUGAGAAUUCCACUGGGAUGUGCUCAGGUAGGUCGCAGAUGAGCUUUUCAAGUUCCACCUCUGCAAGUUUUGUUCUGCAAGGUACAAAGAGUUCUACAACUGUUGCUUUAAAAUCAGCCAUGUUUCAUCACAAAGAGGUAUCUGCAUUUCAUUUAGGAAUCAAACGUUUGCUUCUGUAUUACUGCACACCACACCAGCUGAAAGCCAGGCUCUGACCCACCACAAGAAACUCACCAUAGUUAAUCAUUGCUUUUGAACUUUCCUAAAAAGGAUCUGAUAUCUCUAGCCCAGCAUUCUCCCCCUCCACCCCCCAAAAAAAAGUAUUUUAAUGAGAUGGAAAAAGCAGGGGAAGCAAAACAAGAAGUGUUUUAUGUUCACAGAUAUCUCAUAUUACAUCUGCUACAAAUACUGCAUAGGCUAAAUGGCAAAACCAAAAGAAAAACGAGACUGACCUUGAGAUGUUUCAUUAUGAUUUCAUUGCUUCUAGUGGUUUUAUUGGGUUUUACCACUAGGCUAUUAAAAACAUGUGGAAAGUAUACAGAACUAAGUCAAACUGAGCAUUUUCAACCUUUCUUCUUUUCCAUUUAAAUACUUUCAUAUUUCUUUAAUGAGUUUUCCUGAAAACAAAGUGCAGAUAUUUGGGUAGUCUAUAUUGAUAGUUAAUCAGUAUUACCUUUGUUAUAGAAUAAAUCAUCCACUUUUUGAAAUAAAAGAAAUAAUUUCUCUGACAUGAAUCCUUCCUUACCACAUAUCUAGGGAGGGAGGAAUCAGGAUGGACAGGAGGGUGUCAGUCCACCAGUGGAUUGGAUCUAGCUCUAGCAGGAAGUUUUGAAAGGAAGUUUAAAAGCUCUGCAAUUGGGAGAAUUUCCACAGCUCCUUCUCAGCUGUCUCCACACUGGUGCUGAGCACAGGACUAAUGUACAGCUCCACAGCUCACUUUCUGCACAGGCUCUCCAGAGUAAAUUCACAAUAGGUACUAAGAGGUGAUCUGCACCCCAUUUUGUUCAUCCCAUAGGUGGGAACAACCCAGAAGAUUCACUUUGGUUGUUUCUGCCUGGUUUGCAUUGGAGAUUCCCUUCGGUUCUUCCUACCUGCUUUGCAGAGAGAGCAGGAACAACCAAAGUAAGUCUUCCAGUGUCAAAUCAUUCAGGCUGUGAGGGUGCCCCAGGGUACAGCAAGACAACUCUUCAGCACAUCAGGGAAGUGCUUUGAGUUUUAUUCCACUGCUGCAUUUGCAAUAAACAAACCCAAAACAGAGGUCCACCACAAAGAAGGGGAGACAUCUAGAGUGUUAUGUAAGUAAUCAAAGUUAAUUUUAAUCCUGCAUAAAAGAUGUGUCUUAAGAUCUUUUUAAAGCUAAUUCCUGGGAUGGCUGUCAACAAACACACAAUUCUAUCUCAAGUAACAAAAUGAGUGUCAUUAAUUUCUUGUAUGUAACUGGAGUUGAAAAUACUGAAAAUCAAUACAAUUUUUUAUCAGAAGCAACGUUCUCAGCAGUAUCAUAAUCAUAUGCUUAAAACAGAUUCUGGAACUAUCAUGGGGAAAACUUGAGUAGCCUGUACAACUGUGCAUUAAAACACUCUUUGCCUGAUUCAAAACCAUUUAAAGAAGGACUUUAUUGAUGGACUUUUUAAUGUCCUUGGAUACUACUGAAGAAUUUUUAUGGAAAUACUUUGUAUACUGGAUUAUUAGAACACAUUUAUCAUCCAUUGCCUGCACAUAUAUCUCACAGCUGGCUGACUUCACAAUAGCAGCAUGAAUCACAGCUACAGGGCAGCACAGCAAUAUUUUCCUCACUAAAGGCAAUGGAGUUCUUUAGGGAAUUUACUCACUGUUUUUGUAUUAGCAACGUAAUAAACCAAUUACAAUGAUCUCCGUAAAUUAAACCUAUUAGAAAAGGAAAUACUUUUUAAAAAACAAAACUAAGCUUAUAUUAUAUAAGACUUUAUAUAUGUUUAAGUUUUUAGGAUAACUACACCCAAAACCAGGAAUCAAGAUUCACCAACAUCACACUGUAGAGUUAAUGGGAUAUUAUAUUAUAUCAUAGGAGCUUCCCAAGAGACUGCUUUCCAUCAAAAAUUCUAUUUGCAAAAUAUAUCUUUAUUCUUAUUAAAUAAGAAUAAAUUUUCUUAGGUUUUUUUAAGCAAAAUUUGCAAAAAUGCUAGUGGGCUUAGUCAACAUGGUGAGAAGGUGCUUCAAAAAUUAAACUCUCAUUUACCAUCAGGAAACACCUUCAAGAGAGAUCAAUCAUGAAGUUUUGAUCAGACCCCCUGCCAUCUCCGUGCUCUGUGGGACCACGGGGGAGCAGAAGAAAUGGCUUUGGGGUCCCAGGAAGGAGGACACCUCCUGUUCUCAGCUGCUUUGCUAAUGCAGGUCCCCAGCCUCACCCCUGCAUGCACCCAACGCCUGCUCAGCCCCCUGUCUCUGUCUUGCACAGCAGCAGAAGAGGAGGAGGCGUUUGGCCACGGGUGCCUCAGGAGAAGCCCUGCCAGCCUAGCUCUCCAGCACCUGCAGGAGCUGGAGGAUCCUUUCCCCAACUGCCCUUCCAAAGCACAGUCCUGAAGGAUUUAUGAGAGCUAAGAUAAAUAAUCUCCAAGUCCCCAAAGCGGCAAUUCUUCUGUUGAGCAGAUGCAGAAGCUCUUCUCUCCGGCAGGGCUGCC